AUGCGUCGUCAGACACUUCCGGCCGCCGCAGCACCGACUGCCCCCACGCCCGCCGCUUCUGCCGCCUGCCCCAACGCAAGUGAUGGAGCCGCCGCCGCUGCCGCCAACGCUGCCGCCGCAGUUUCAGAUGCCCCAGGCGCUGCUCUGACACCGCGGAUAGGUAAAACUGUCUCUGCCCACUCCCGAGGGGUGGGUCCCCCCUCCCCCUGGUCUCUGGCCACCGGCACGGUUGCGCUGUAUCUCGAAACUGUCCCACGCACUAGGAUUCUGACCGGGGUCCCUAUUUCUCUUCCCUCCUCCCUAGUGAUCGCGGAGCGCAUUCCCGAAGCCAGAGAUGAUGUCACAGGCACCAGCUCGGUUAUUUCACACCCCGAGGGUGUGGAAAACAGCUUCCCCUUGCCCAUUGCACCCUUAAUUGGGGUUGUUGUCUGUUCUGCCAUCCCAGAAGUAUAUGGGAGUUUUCUGGAUCGGAGCUCUUCUGUAUCUACCUUUGUAGAUCACAGCAGGAGCCUGGACGUCCGGGGCCGACGCCCACCCAAGGGACGCCAGAUGUCAUUGUCUGAGGGUCUCUUUGUGCCCAAGACCACUCAGAUGGACAUAGGAUGGUGGUUCAAGGCGCAGGGUAUUCUUGAAGGUGCCGAAGAAAGGCUGCAGGAGACAAUCGUCCGGUCUCAAGGUCUGUUUUUUAUUUCUUAUCUAUACAGUGUUCACACUCAUGAGCAGCAGUCUGGUCAGCACCGUGUCCAGGACGAAAGUCUGCCCACGAAAGGCAGGACUUAUCUUUUAUACCUUAAACUACGUAUUCUAUGUUUACACUAUCUUUCCAAUACUACAAUAUCUUAUUACUAUGUCCAGUCUUGUCCCCAACCAAUCUGUGAUUCCCAGCAUCCCUCACCAACAUGGAGAACAAGAAGAAGAAGAAGAAAGAAGACACCACACCCCAAAUUCUCCAUCUUGGCCUUGUGGCCGAUAAUAUAAACAAUCCCAAAAACUACCUUUUCUACAUGCUAACUAUCUAAUUCACACUCUAGUUUCCCUUAAUGGUUGCAUUUCUUCUCUGAGAGAAGGCAGAUGUUCCCAUGGUGCAGGAUCCAGCUCUCUGACCCCCCUGGCUCUAUUUGGAGGUCUUUCAUGGGUCUGACAGGGGGGUUCUUGCACCCACAGAGGGUCCAGAGGGACUCCCUGGACCCCCACAAUAGUCACAGUCAGAUUGCUCUGCUGGACUGGUGCUAGCACACGGUAGAUGGUAGAGGAGUUGAUCAUUCCUUGGGGUAACAUUUUCCAAUGAAAGCGUAGGUUGGGCCGCUGGCUGUUUGGAAAGACGAUGGAAAAGGCUAACCACUCCUUGUCGUCUUCGUGCAGGGGAAUAGAAAAUAAGCAGUCUUUGAUGUCGAGCACUGCGCAGGGUUGUCCUCUCGGUAUCAUCGAGUUCAUGGGCAGCAAAGUUUGUACUGGGCCCAUCAUCUGGAUUCUCUUGUUCACUUCCCGCAGGUCAUGCUGGAGACAAAAGCCUUCACCGGAUCGUUUAGGCAUUAUGAAGAUUGGGGUGUUCCAUGGGCUUGUGGAGGAGUCUAUAUGAUUCUUGUGUAACUCACGGCCAAGUAGCUGAAAGAGAGCAAUCAUUCGAGGCUUGGACAAGGGCCACUGCUCAAUCCAUACUGGAUUGACUGAUUUCCAAGUUAGUUUGAUGGGCAAUGGCGGGUAUGCGACAGUGGCCCUUAGAAUAAAUUUGUCACCCUAACGCCCAGCAGGGCUAGGGCAUCUCUUCCCAACAAGGGUGGGAAAUCCGACAUAACGUAUGUUGUAAGGGUGAUAGUCCUUCCUGGUCCUGUCUCGAUGCAGAGUGUUAUUGCUAUUGGUUGGGUGUUUUUUGCGGGCUCAGGACAGCCCUCCAACUCCGCCCACCAUGGGGGCUUCUUCUAGCUUCCAUGGUAGAGGCCAGUGUAUGUCUGGGAUGAGAGUGACGUCUGAUCCUGUGUCCACCCAAAAGGGAAGGCAGAUGGCCAAGUCGUUGGAGCUGUUGUGGAGACGACACACUGCCCACACGAUCAGCGGGUGCUUACCCAUCUUCACAGCAACGGCCACCCAUGGGUCUCGUUCCCAUGCUUGCAUGGCCAAAGCCACCCAGGGGCCUCGUCCCCAGGGAGCUGUUCUUGGUAUUCCUGAGGUGCAGAUAGGUUUGAUUGAGCUAUUGGUUGGGCGUCGAAGUUGGUCAUUUCUUGAGGGGGUAAUGGGCGUGGAAGCCCCAUUGAGGGUUGCUGUAGCUGGGCCGCUUCAUGUUCCAGGAGGGAGGGGGCUGAGUGCGGCCUGGCUGCCCCCUCCCCUUCCCGUUUCCCUGAAGCUUGGAUCUGCAUUCCUUAGCUAAAUGCCCCUUCUUUCCACAUGCCCAGCAUGGUCCCCUAAGUUUCCCCUGGCGUGGUGGAGCAGCUGCUGCUGCAGGUGGGCGUCCUGACUGGGGGCAGUUUACUGCCACAUGGCCUGCCUGGCCACACUUGAAGCAUGCCAUCACACUGGUUAUUGCAGUGUGAACUGCUGCUUGGAUGGGAGCUAGGUGUUUGUCCUUUGCAACGUGUUGAUCAUGGCUGUGAUAUUGGACCCAGGUGGCAGUGAUCUUAAAAUGUCCUUGGUGGCUGAAUUGCAUUGCUGGCAUAGGCAAUUUGCUAGCACCGGGCCCUUCGCCUCUGGAGGUAAUGCAGAGGAAUCUAUUGCUGCCUGAAGACAGUCCACAAACUGAGGGAAGCUCUCACUCUCACUCUGCUGUAUAGUGGACCAUAGCGAAGGUCUGGCUAUUACUUUAGAAGCAGCACGGAUGGCUUCUUGGGCAGCAUGGGUUGUUGUCAUGACCUCAUAGGACCGCAGGCCCUCUGCCUGUGCUUGUGGGGUGAUCAUAGUUGGGUCUGUGUCCCUUAGCCUCUGUAUGCUGGAGCCGUGCAGUGGAUGGUCUGUCCCUGUUACUAAGGCUAGCUGCUUUACACAAUUGUCCUCCCAUUCUUGUUUAAAAACAAUCAUCCCCGCCCCAUUGAAAAUCAUCCUGCAAAGUCGUUUGAUAUCAAAUGGAAGCAUAUCAUCGCCUCCAAAAACGCUAUCAAUGAGUGUGGAAACCAUGGCAGAAUUAAUCCCCCUGUCCGCAACUGCUUUAACAAUUGCCUGCACGUCUUUACCGGCAAGUAGGUUCUUUGAUUUUCGUCUGCCCCCCCCCACUCGAACCGGGAACACCAGGCUGAUGGACCCCGCUCCGCACAAGCUAUUUUUAUUUUCCGCCAGUCUGUAAGUGGGGUUCGAUCUUUAUCUGAUAUCCUCUUAACCCACGCAGGAGCAUUGCAGCUAGUGAUCUUUUAUGCCACUGCUCCCUUUUUGUUAAAGCCCGAGUUGGUGGUGGAAUCAUCCUGUGACCACCUUUCCAGCCGCCCGUCCCAGCUCGAGUCAGAGUCCGAGCCAGAAGUCGACUGACUGGAAGUUUCUGGGCUACUGAGCCUUUUCCUCGGGCUCUGACCCCGCCCCUUCUCCCGGUGGUCAGGCCGUUCCCUCCCCCAGGGCUCCCCCCGCCUCCUGCUGGGGGAGGUUCUUGCCUUAUAAGGACCUGAUUUAAAAUGAGCUCUUUGAUUGGUCUUAAGCUCCUUCCCGGGGGAUGCCCCUUCUCCCUGCUCACUCGCGCUAGCGCUGUUCAGCGAGCCUUCUGCAUUUUCGCCCUCCGUGUCAUUGUUCCACCCCCCAUCACGUGCUCUGGCGCCAUUUUCAAACCCAUAUGGUGGGGGUACCUUUUUAUCAACCGCUUUGAGCUCUGAUAUUUUAGCAGCAUUCCACGCCUCCUCUGCUAGAACCUGCCACAAUGCCCACAUGCGCUCCCCCUCCUCCGAUGGUGAUGAGUCCAGACUCGAGGGUCGUGGAGGGGGUUCCAGGGUCUGCACAUCCGCACGCUCGACCGGUUCAAACUCCUCUACGGUUUGCGUAGCUCCCCCGUUUCCCAGCUGCAGCGUAGCUAACGAACAGAUUCGAUUUGCUUUCCAGGUCUCCUGCUCUUGCCGAGCAUUUUGCAGAGCCUGCAUAACUCUGCCCCAAGAUUUGAGGGUUUUCCCUGAGCCUGACAACAUGGUUUCCUUGGCCAGAGCCCUCGUGCAUUUAUCCCAUAUCUCCGGAUGGAGAAUUUCUACCGGGCUUUAUAUAGUCCCUAUCUUUGUCAGUGUCGGCACCGCGAGAAUAAAAUCCUUAAGCUUACAAUCGAUACCCCACUGCGUGUGGAUCUCACUUACGACCUUUGCAAUAGCGUCCAUGCUCCUCGCUGGUCUGGGGAUGUCUCCCCACGCUGCACUAGGCCAGCUGUGCAGCCGCCGGUUCCUCGUCCAGGCAAUCCUCGAAUCCAGGGCGGUAAUCUUUUCCCGGGUUUCGGCACCACUUGUUGCGUGGCGACCUGGUUCAAGCCCGGCAUGGCAGCCUGAACCCCGGGCCACUUGGUCCAUAUGCUUCUGGACACCAAUGUGGUGGACAGCAAAUGGCGUUUAUUGAAGGGUCACAAGGGUUUUUAUAGCUUGGGCAGUCAGUGUCAUUUCCUUCUGCUCACGUCCGGCUGGGUGCGGCUUGGUACGGAGCUAAGGUCUGACUGCAAGGGGGGAAGGGGUCCUGACUGACCGUACAGCCCAAUAUCUUCCGCACGCAUAUCCCUAACUCUCCACAGGUCACCUCAAUUUUUUUUUGGCGGGAUUCCCGAUAUCAAAGUAUAUUUUUUGUGGGGGGUGGAUCCCCUGAAAUUUUGGUGCCUCCCAGGGUGUGAAAGUGCAUUUUUGGGGGGGAUCCCGAGUGCUUGAGGUGGUGGUAGGAGGUGUUAAUGCACUGGGGCGGGGCUUAGCCCUGGUGGGUGGGGCUUGGACCAAAAAUGGGAGGGGCUUCAUUCCCAGGAUGGGCCGGCUAAGCCCAGGCUAUAGGGGUGGCAAAAAAAAAAAAAAAAAAAAAAAACUGGCAAUUUACCCAACAUUCUUAGAAUUUUCCCCAAAUUCUCUAAAAUUCCCUCAAAAUCUCUCCAAAAUUCCACCCCAUAACCCAAAAAUUUUCUCCCAAAUUCUCUAAAAUUCCCUCAAAAACUCUCCAAAUCCCCCUAAAUCUCCUCCCCAAAUUCUCCAAUUUUCCCUAAAGUCAUCCAAUUUUUUUCCAGAUUUUGCCGUAUUUCCCUGAAAUUCCCCAAAUUUUCCCCCAAAAUUUUCUCAAAUCCCUGCAAAUCUCCUCCCACAUGCCCAAAAUUUUCCAAAAUUCCCCAAAAUUCCCUCCAAAACAAAUCCCUGGAUUUAAGCCAAAUUAUCCAAAAUUCCCCCAAAUUUUCCCCAAAACUUCCCCAAAUCACCCCCAAAAUUCCCUCAAAACCUCCCAAAAAUUUCCCCCAAUUUCUCCCUCAAAAUUUUCCCCGGAAUUCAAAAAAACCUCCAAAAUUUCCUCCAAAAUUAUGGAAAAAUUCCCCAUAAAUCCCCCUAAUGUAGCUGCCAGAGCUGGGAUGGUUUUGGCUCCCGGCUGCAGCGAGACCCGGGUAUUUCGAGGAUAACCCAGGUGCCUCGAGGCAGAAUUCAGCUCCAAGGUCUUAGUGCAAGCCAUGCCAAACAAUUAGGCAAGGCAGCUCUUUUGUGAGGUUCGUCUUGGCUUGCAGAGUUUAGCUAGCUGGGAAUGAGAUCUUGGGAUGGCAGCAGAGGGUCCGAAGAUGGCUUUAUUGAUUGCUGUAUCAUUCACACCCUAAAAUUCCCUCCAAUUCCCUUUCCCUUAAUACCUCCAGAUUCUUUGGUUCCCUCUUCCCUGAGGUUUUCUUGCCCUUCUUCCCCUCACCUCAGCCCCUCUUUCCCCUGCCUGGCCCCUCUCCCUGUUUCCUCUUACCUCAACCCCUCUUUCCUCCACUUGGCGCCUCAUCAUUGGUGGAACACCCUGUUCAGACUGCAGCUCAUCCAGCUCCUCUGGGAGCAUGAAACUAUGACUAGCCCCAGGUGAGGGAGAAGGUUUGCAAGGGCCAGGAUCUAGUUCAUAGAGCAAGGGAGGGGUGGAUAGGGCUGCAGGCCCCGCCCCCAGAUCUUUAGUCCUCACUCCCAGGAUUCCAGGCUCCGGGCCCCGUUCCCAGGACUUUGUUCCUUGCCCCCAGGUCUUUAGUCGUACACCCUAAGGCUCCAGGCUCCGCCCCUGCAGCUCAAACCCCGCCCCUACAGCUCCAGGCCCCGCCCCAUGGCUUUAUGCCUUCCCCCCAGGGAUUUACGCUUUGCCCCCAUGGCUUUAGUCCUUGCUCCAGGUCUUUAGUCAUGCCCGCAGGGCUCCAGGCCUCACCUCCACAGCUCCAGGCACUGCCCCCAGGGCCUCACGCCCCACCCCUAGGGCUCCAGGCUCUACCCCCAGGGCUUUAUGUCUUCACCACUGGGCUUUGUGCCCUCUCCCCAGGGAUUUACGCCUCCCCCCCUGGGCUCCAGGCCCCUCCCCCAGGGCGGCAGGCACUGGUCUCUGGCGCACGCACAGCGCCCCUGAGCUGAGCUCCUUUUCCACGAUGGUGGCUCGGGACAGCAGCGCCUCCUGGUGGAGAUGGGGAGGAAAAGGGGAAGGUGGGGGUGGGGGAGGAAAUUUUGACACGCCCAUCAACCCAGAGACCCACGCCCACUAUCGUUGGGACUGUCCCCCAUCUGUUCAAGCCCCUCCCCUGCCCAAGUCCUUCCCUAAGCUCCUCCCCCACUCUUUGAGUCCCUCCCCUGCCCUUUCCUGACUGUUUGACAGCCCCCCUAAGCCCCUCCCUGACCCUUUAGACCCUUCCCUCUCUUCUAAGGCCCUCCCCAGUCCUGCCCCUCCCCCACUCAGCAAACCCAUCUCUGUCUCUCUAAGCCCUUCACCCACCCUCUCUAAGGCUUCCUCAGGGCCCUCCCCCACUCUUUCCAGCCCUGCCCCUCC